AUGUUGACACUUUGGUGUGCUGGCAUCUUAUACAUUUUUAUUUUCCUUUACCGGCGAUUAUCGAGUCCCGUUUCCAACCUUCCUGGCCCCCGGUACACCAAGUUGACAAGUUUUGUCGUCAAGUACCAUGAGUUUUCAGCCAGUCGCCGUACCUUCAUCCAUCGACUACACAAAGAAUAUGGACCUGUCGUCCGUAUAGCACCGAAUGAAGUAUCCUUCGCUACUCUGGAUGCUAUUCGAGAGAUCUACGCAUCGGGAGGCAGUGGCUAUGAUAAGACGGAAUUUUAUGACCUGUUUCGCCAAUUUGGUAUCAAGACAAUGUUUUCCACACUUGGCAAGCAAGCUCACGGUGAAAGAAAACGGCAGCUAGCCGAUCGCUAUGCAAUGUCAAACAUAAUGCGAGAGCAUCAUACGUCGUCCAUUCGAGAGAAUGCUAGAUCAUUCGUCUCCAAAUGUGCCACGGGCUUGAGUGUGGAUGUUUAUGUUUACUUACAUUGCUAUGCGCUUGACUGUGUCACCAACUUUAUGUUCAGUCCUGCUGGAUUGAAGUCUCUGAGUGAUGAGAAUGACCUUGAUCUGAUGAAAGAAAUGACAUACCAUAAUAGUUUGCAAAAGGUUCUUUUGCAUUAUUAUCUACCAAAGUUGGCGCCGUAUUUCCCUUCGUGUCUAUUGCCUCGCCGCGCUCCAAAAGCCAACGAGUACGUCCAUAAAGUGAUCGCUCAAAAGGAUCCAGAGGAAUACAGCUUGGUUGCUCGUCUCAGAAGAAAAGACACAUCUCUUUCUCUAUCCCAAGUAGCAGCCGAAUGCAAAGAUCAUAUGGCCGCUGGCAUUGACACAACCGGAGAUGGCCUGUGCUUCUUGAUGUGGGAGUUGUCGCAACCGCACAACUUCCGAUACCAAAACCGGCUUUAUGAAGAGCUACGAUCUGCAUCUGAGGAUACGCCUCUUGAUCGACUGCCAUACCUGGAUGCUGUGAUUAAGGAGGCCCUGCGCUGCGCACCGCCGAUUCCCAUGUCGUUCCCUCGCUAUGUUCCCAGCGGAGGCAGAACAAUUGAUGGGAAGUUCAUCCCCGAGGGAACAAUUGUUAGCUGUCAACCGUAUACCGUGCAUCGCCUAAAUGAAGAGGUAUUCCCGGAGCCGGAUCGAUUUAAUCCUGAUAGAUGGAUGGAGGAAGAAGGCUUCAACGAGCGCAACCGAUUAUUCUUCGCUUUUAGCACCGGUGGAAGGGGAUGUACUGGAAGAAACCUGGCAAUGGUUGAAAUGAAGAUUCUUCUUCAAGAAGUUUAUUCUCGGUUCCAGACCACGGUAGCGCCCGACAUGAAAGGUUCUAUGGAGAUUGACGAUCAAAUCAUCGCUUCUCGGCCCAAGGGACAGACCUGCAAACUGAUCUUUACCCCUCGAUUGAAACGACUUACACUACAAAUUAUCAAUCUGAUUCCCAUUGCUCUAUUCAACUUAUAUCCCAACAUGCAUAUCCCCUACAUCUCAAAUUGGACCACCCUGGCCCUCCAAACCAUUCUCUUCAGUUCCCUCAACAUUUCGCUAGCUACCUCCUCUCCCGCUUCCUCUCCCUCUCCCUCUCCCCCAGAUCUUACAUUCCUAUACACCGCCUACGUAGAAUGCGAACCAACCCUCAUGGACUCCCCCGGACCGCACGGCAUCCGACGCACCAUCCCAAUCGUGGGUGGAAAUUUCACCGGCCCUCGUCUCUCCGGCGAAAUCCUCCCCGUCGGCGCCGACUGGGGUCUCGUAGACCCGCAAACCGGAAUCUUCAGCGCCGACACCCGCUACAAUCUCCGCACCAACGACGGAGAAAACAUCUUCAUCCAGACCUCGGGUCCGAAGUCGCCUAGUGGACAGUUGCAUCUGAGAUUGGUGUUUGAGACGGGGAGUCGGAAGUAUUAUUGGUUGAAUAAUGUUAUAGCGAUUGGGGUUCUUACUUCGGUGGAAGAGACGAAUAGUUCCAGUUUGUUGAGGAUUGAUGCUUGGAAUAUGGCUUCAGAUUGGAAUUCGACGAGCUUUGUGGACUCGUCAGCGACUUCUGGUACCGCAUGA